UAAAACUAGCUGAAAAAGUUACUCAUUUUUAUCCCGGUAUUCAAAUCCCCACUUUUGAUGCGUUGAGUUUCAAGCCAAUGACAGAUGAAGAGGAAGCUCUAUUGGGAGAGCUGAAUAAUGAGCUUCCAGACCCUACAUUGUUUAACUUACGCAUAAUAGAUAGCACAGGUGCUUUUGUACAUAAUUUAAAGAUACCAUCUCCCGUAGCAGAAAGACUCGACAAAGCUGAAAUUGAUAGCCUAACCAAAUUUUGUUCUCAGAAGAUUCACAAGAGAUAUAAUGUUAUAGUAACAACCAACAGCACUAUUAACAGGGAAGAGUUGUUAUAUGUGCUUCGUGGUGGCCGCCUUGACGACAAGGUGGAAGAAGCAGUUUUGGACACGAUUAGCUAG